CUCAAAAACCAAAGAAAGAAGUUUGCUUAAAUAACAUAUGCAAAUUUUCAGCUGGUUCCAUUCUAAAGAAUAUGGACUUUACCGUCGAUCCAUGCGACAACUUUUAUGAAUUUUCAUGCGGAUCUUAUCUGAAAUACGAAAACAUUUACGACGAAAAAAUACGUAGUUUUACAAAUUUAGAAAAUUAUAUCCUUUAUUUACAAAAAGAACAGCUGGAGAAACCAGAAAAGUUUAAUGAUCCAGAAUUCGUCAAAAAACUAAAGAAAUAUUAUCAAUCGUGUUUAAAUAAACCUAGCGACAUGAAACAGGUUAUUCAUGGCAUUUUAAGUGCAGCUAACUUGGACGGUUGGCCACUUUCUGAAAACGAUAAUUCAAAAUUAACAAUGGAAGAAGCUAUAGCACUAGCACAAUCUUACGAUAGUCCUGGAUAUCUGUUUGCAUUAUUUAGGGAUCAAAACAGCUCUCAUAUAACUAUAAGUCGUGGAUCUGAUUUUGUUAAGUCAUCUGUGUUAUUGAAUACGACUGAAGAAAAGUGGAUUAAGUUAAAAAAGAAAUAUGUAAAUUUGAUAGACUACGUACUUUCUGAAUUAGAUUUGUCAACAGAAAAUAAGAACAAGCAUAUUGAUGAAAUAAUCGACUUUCAAACAUCUUUAGCAAAAAUUCUAGAUAAAGAUUAUAAUGAUAAUUCGACAAAUACAACUAUAUCAGAAUUACAUUCGAACUGCUCACAGAUUGAUUGGAAAAAUCUGUUUAUAGUUUUUUUUGAAUAUCUUCAACAUUCUGAGAAAUAUAAGGAUGAAUUUCCUUUAGAAGUAAACAGCAUGGACUUUCUGACUGAUCUAUGUGAACUUGUUGGAAACACUAAAAAUAAAAGAAUAAUUUAUAACUACCAUGUAUGGGAUAUUAUUGUUCGUUAUUUACCUCGCAUCCACAACGGUUUUAGACAACUUGCGGUCGAUACGGAAGAAUCAUUAAAUUUCUACGACAAAAUUUAUGAAUCAUUUUCGGAUAUAAAUAAACUGAAGUGGAAAACUUGCAUUCAAGAUAUGGAAAUAUAUACUGAAUUAGGAUUAGACUACAUAAUGUUAAAAUCCAUGAAUCGAAAAGACAACAUUAAUGAGGUGAAAAGUUAUGUCAAACAAAUACGUGAAACACUGGAUGAAAUUUUUUCCGAAGAAGACUGGUUCGAUAGCUACAGCAAAAAUCUCACCAGAAUUAAAUUGAAGAAACUCAGAGAGCAUAUAGGAUACAAAAAUGCUUCUCUUGAUGCAGAAUUUUUAAAUACGAUGUUUAAUAAUAUCAAUAUCACAGAUAAUUAUAUUCAAAAUAUCUUAGCUGUGAAAAAGCAAAUGACGUCCGAUGAAAUGUUUGAUCAAAGAGUUGCUUUUUAUUUUCGAGAAGAAAUAAAAAUAGCCCCAAUGCAGGUUGGUGCAAGUUUAGGAUAUGAUGGAGUGGGAAUAGCAAUUGAAAUACCGUUAGCAUUGAUGUAUCCUCCUUUCUAUGCCUAUGGAUUACCUCAAUAUCUGAACUUUGGCGGAAUGGCUUUUGUAAUCGGUCAUGAAUAUUCACAUGCAUUCGAUCAUUUGGAUAUCCCAGCAGUGAACAAUCUCAGUGAAUUUGUAAACAUGGAAAAAGUUUGUCAUCGUUAUAUGAUACAAUACUUUCAUUUGAAGGGUUUCAGUCCAACCAAUAUUAAAACUGAGCUAGAUUCUACUCUGGGGGAGUCUGCUCCCUCGUUUACAACAAUAAAAUAUUUGGUAGCAGAGUUUAAACGAAGCCAUACGAGCUGCCAAGACGAACAUCGUAGUGGUCGACCAAGUGAGGUGACCAUGCCACAAAUGGUGGAAAAAUCCACAAAAAUGGUAUUGGAUGACAGUCAACUCAAAGUGCGAGAGCUAGCAGAUACGGUAGGCAUUUCAAAAAGUGCUGUACAUCGCAUUUUAACUGAAAAUUUGGAAAUGAAAAAGCUGUGCGCAAGAUGGGUGCCGCGUUUGCUCACAAUGGGACAAAAACAGCGUCGUGAAAAUGUUUCAAUCGAAUCUUUGGCAAUGUUUCGCAGCAACAAAGCCGAGUUUUUGCGUCGAUUCUUCAUAACCAUGGAUGAAACAUGGGUCCAUCACUUCACACCUGAGACGAAAGAACAGUCGAAACAAUAG